CGGGGCCCGGCCCCGUUAAGAAGAGCGUGGCCGGCCGCGGCCACCGCUGGCCCCAGGGAAAGCCGAGCGGCCACCUAGCCGGCAGAGACCCACCGAGCGGCGGCGGAGGGAGCAGCGCCGGGGCGCACAAGGGCACCAUGGCCCAGACGCCCGCCUUCGACAAGCCCAAAGUAGAACUGCAUGUCCACCUAGACGGAGCCAUCAAGCCUGAAACCAUCUUAUACUAUGGCAGGAGGAGAGGGAUCGCCCUCCCAGCUAACACAGCAGAGGGGCUGCUGAACGUCAUUGGCAUGGACAAACCACUCACCCUUCCAGGCUUCCUGGCCAAGUUUGACUACUACAUGCCUGCUAUCGCGGGCUGCCGGGAGGCUAUCAAAAGGAUUGCCUAUGAGUUUGUAGAGAUGAAGGCCAAAGAGGGCGUGGUGUACGUGGAGGUGCGGUACAGUCCGCACCUGCUGGCCAACUCCAAAGUGGAGCCAAUCCCCUGGAACCAGGCUGAAGGGGACCUCACCCCAGACGAGGUGGUGGCCCUAGUGGGCCAGGGCCUGCAGGAGGGGGAGCGAGACUUCGGGGUCAAGGCCCGGUCCAUCCUGUGCUGCAUGCGCCACCAGCCCAACUGGUCCCCCGAGGUGGUGGAGCUGUGUAAGAAGUACCAGCAGCAGACUGUGGUGGCCAUUGACCUGGCUGGAGAUGAGACCAUCCCAGGAAGCAGCCUCUUGCCUGGACAUGUCCAGGCCUACCAGGAGGCUGUGAAGAGCGGCAUUCACCGUACUGUCCACGCCGGGGAGGUGGGCUCAGCCGAAGUAGUAAAAGAGGCUGUGGACAUACUCAAGACAGAGCGGCUGGGACACGGCUACCACACCCUGGAAGACCAGGCCCUUUAUGACAGGCUGCGGCAGGAAAACAUGCACUUCGAGAUCUGCCCCUGGUCCAGCUACCUCACUGGUGCCUGGAAGCCGGACACGGAGCAUGCAGUCGUUCGGCUCAAAAAUGACCAGGCUAACUACUCGGUCAACACAGAUGACCCGCUCAUCUUCAAGUCCACCCUGGACACUGAUUACCAGAUGACCAAACGGGACAUGGGCUUUACUGAAGAGGAGUUUAAAAGGCUGAACAUCAAUGCAGCCAAAUCUAGUUUCCUCCCAGAAGAUGAGAAGAGGGAGCUUCUCGACCUGCUCUAUAAAGCCUAUGGGAUGCCACCUUCAGCCUCUGCAGGUAGGUUCCUGUCUGGGCUUCUGGGCAGUUGCCCUGUCUUGGCCCCAGUGUGGCUUUCUGUGGGACUUCUAGCAAGAUGCCCUUCCAUUCUUGGGCAGCACCGAGAAUGUGUGAUGACUCCCUGGUUCCUGGGCCCUGGCUGGGAGCAGCGUCUCAUUAGAUUGGUUUGUUUUCUAUAUAACUUCUUGAGAGGCUGUUCUAAGGGGAGACUUUCUGAAGCCCAGUCCCAAAGGUCUGGGCAGUUUGGGACAUCUCCAUGGCUGCCCAAAGCCAAGGGCAGGGAGUAGGGCCCAGGUCUGUUCUGCUCCUUUCUUCCUAUGUGGUCUUGGCAAGGCAUCUUCUUGCCAUCAUAGGAAGGAGUUCCUUUCUGGUUCUGGUGUUCUAUGAUUUUUACAACAUCCUGGGUACUACAAGUUGCCUGAUCUUUCUGCUUCUCUGAACCAACGAGCAGGGCAGAACCUCUGAAGAUGCCACCCCUCCAAGCCUUCGCCCUGUGGAGUCACCCCAACAACUCUGUGGGGCUGAGCAACAUUUUUACAUUUAGAAGACCAUGAUCUCAAUGGUCAGUUACUGAUGCUCCUGAACCCUGUGUGUCCAUUUCUGCACACACGUAUACCUCGGCAUGGCCGCAUCACUUCUCCGAUUAUGUGCCCUGGCCAGGGACCAGCGCUCUUGAACAUGGGCAUGGUUGAAUCUGAAACCCUCCUUCUGUGGCAACUUGUACUGAAAAUCUGGUGCUCAAUAAAGAAGCCCAUGGCUGGUGGCAUGCA